GCCAGCUGCGGGGGUCCCGCCACACCAGCAGCCUGCCCUGCCUCCCCCUGUUCCGCCAUGGAGAAGUACGAGGUGCUGGAGCAGCUCCAGCCUGGGGCCCUGGGCAGGAUGCUGGUAGCUGAAUUGAAAACGGAAAAGGGUGUGGAGAAGAAAUACAUAAUAAAGCAGGUGCAGUGCAUUAAAGAAAAGCAAGCAAAUGAGGCCUUGAAGGAGGUAGCAAUGAAUUUGCUAAACCUUCAUCACUCAAACAUCUGUACUUACAAGGAAUCGUUUGUGACUUGGGAUAAUAAGGUGUCAUGUCUGUUCCUUUAUCUGGUAAUGCAGCACUCAGGCCAAAGAGAUCUUUCAUCUGUCAUCAAGGAAAAAAGGCAGAAGUUGGAAAAAAUAACAGACAUGGUGAUUCUGAAGUUCCUGGGACAGAUGGUGGAUGCUUUGUUUUAUAUACACAAACAAAAUAUUUUCCACAGAAAUCUCAAGCCGUCAAACAUACUUGUGACUGGUGAAGCAUCCUUCAUGCUUAGCGACUUCAGUACAGAAACACUUAUGACAGAUGAGAUGAAAUGGAAAAUAAGAGUGGAAGAAAAUAGCAAGUCUUGGAUGGCUCCAGAAACAUUCGAUUUUAUUUUUACUGAGAAAUCUGACAUCUGGUCUCUAGGUUGUAUUCUACUUGACAUGAUGACCUGCUUUAUUCUGAAUGGAGAAGAGAUAACUUCAUUACUGCAGGAUAUUAGACAGGAUACAAGCCAUCUUGAGGGGGUUCAGACAGUAAUGCAGAAUGGAGAUAACAGCUCUUUGACUUUAUUUCCAGUUUUAUUUAUGAUGCUACAGAUUCAGCCCAGCAUGAGACCCACAGCAGAAGAUCUGACUGAUGUUCCGUUUAUCAGGGACUACCUGACUGCUGCUGGUGCACCUUCAGUAAAACUGAAAACGUCUUUGCCUCCCAAAAUAGUAGAUGUGCUCCUUGAGGGAGGAAUUGAAAAUGUCCUAGAAAUCAUGCAGGCUUUCUGGCAUAUAGAAUUAGUACAAGUGAAAGCCAUUCAGCACCUCACCAGCUUCAUAAGAGAUAAAAGUGCCUCUCCCUAUCUGCUGAUGGUCACAGAAUUGGUCACUUUUGCCACGAAGACUCAUGUAGAUUCUCUCAAGUUACAAGUAGACGGUUGCAGUUUAUUGCUUGAAAUUCUUAAUCCAGCUCUAGAACUGGAUAUGAUGAUGGUCCUGGAUGAGAAUUUGAUCAGCUCUCUGUUAGACACAGUGAGAAAACACUCUGACAGUGAAGAGUUACUUUCAUUGUUCUGCACAUUACUGAUGACGCUUUCAGCCAGCGAAGUCAUUGCAGAGAAUCUGUGGGAACUUGGAGUAAUUCCAGACCUUCUGUCAAUUUUAAGAAAUUUUAUUCAUAAUGAAAAUAUCUGCCUCCCUUGCUGUGGGGUGCUCUGGAGCCUGGCUGUGAGUGAGACUAACAUAGACCGUGCAUUGCUGGCAAGAGCUGUCCCUGUUGUCUUUGAGGUCCUUCAAGAGCACAUCCAGAACGGAGCCAUUGCAGAGUCUGCUUGCUCGGCUCUAUGGGCACUGUCACUCCAAGGUUGCUUAACUGAAAAUGAGUAUGAGCCCACAACAGCACUUCUGCUGGAUGCGCUCAGGAUGAACCCAGGAAGACCAGUGCUGGUGAAGAAUGCCUGCCUGGCACUAGCAAGCCUUCUAAGGCUAUCUGAAACAGCAGCUUUCAGACUUGUAAUGGAUUCAAAAGGCAGUGGAAUAAACCUGAUCAAAGAUGCCUACUGCCUUCACUUUGAUGAUCCAGAAGCAGUGGAAAAUAUCUGUAUACUGAUUAAUGAGAUGAUUCAGUAUGAGGAUAUUGUGCUGGAUAUGCUGUCCCAGAAAAUGGAAGAACUACUGUUUGAAAUAAAAUGCCAGUUUCCAUCUAGCAUGGAGAUAAUAACCCUUGUGGAUGCAACACUUUUGAGACUGCAGAAGUGAAAGAAAUUUUUGCAUAAGAACAAGACUUGUACUUCUUCAGUGAGACAAAAGCUCCACAGAGAUUUUUAGAGAUUUUUCUCACCAGAAGGAUUAAUAUAAGGCUAUUAAAAAUACAUAAACAAUUAUAGAUCUUGUUGAUUUUAGGUACCACAGCUAUUAGACUAGCAGCAAUAAUUAAGAAUUCACCCUACUUUGUAGACUGUGAGGUAUUUUAAAUAAAGACUUUCGUCUUGGGAAUUUCAGCAAA